AGUCAAUUUAACAACUCCAAAGAGACGAAAGGAAGAAGACGACACCGGACAUGUUAGACGGAAAGGGCAAGAAAAAUUGACGCUAUCAGUACAGCCGAAAGCUCCUCCAUCUGGUUUUGGUUUGUGGAGUUUCUAGAGAGAGAAACAGAGAAUUUUUUAGAGUUGAAGAAAGGAAAAUCAUACCAUGAACAGAACUCACUCAAAGCUCUUCAAGAUCGUACUCUCUCUCUUCCUUCUCAACUCAAUUUCCAUCUUCCUCUACUUCUCCUCUCAUUAUCACCACCACCAGAACAACAACCACCACGAACCACCAAUAAACCACCAACGCCUCUCUACCUUACUCGAAACCAAUCGCCAUUUCUUAACGGACAAUCGUCACAUCCACAAUAAUAAUACCAACCUCGAAAAUCACAGUGAUUACUUAAAGCCCUGGCCGAUACUUCCAUCUUACCUUCCAUGGACGCAGCAAAACCCUAACGUUUCAUUCCGCUCGUGCGAAGCUUAUUUUGGUAACGGAUUCAGUAACCGCAUCGAAGUCCUCUCCCCCGCAAAUCACGGCGGAGGAUGGUUCCGUUGUUUCUUCAGCGAGACGCUUCGGAGUUCUAUUUGUGAAGGAGGGAGUGUACGGAUGGUGCCGGAGAUGAUACAGAUGUCUAAAGGAGGUGAGGUUAUAGAGGCGGUUAUUGGCAGAAUGGAAGAUGAGGAGUUACCUCUGUUUCAGAAUGGUGCGUUUCAGGUUUUAUUAGGAAAUAAAAAUAAAAAUAAAAUCAGAAAUAGAAGUCGAAAUCUGGUUGAUAGUGAUUUUUUGAAUAGUUAUGUUCCUGAAGGACAGAUUAUGAGACAUACUAUGCGUGAUUUGAUUGGUUCGAUUCUUGUUGUUGGUGAUCAGGAGUUUCACUGUGAUCAGUGGAUUGAGGAGCCAACAAUUCUGGUCACACGGUUUGAAUAUGCAAAUCUUUUUCACACGAUUACGGAUUGGUAUAGUGCAUAUGUGUCUUCAAGAGUCACGGAGUUGCCUUAUCGACCUCAUCUGGUUUUUGUGGACGGCCAUUGCAGGGCACCAUUGGAAGAAACAUGGAAAGCAUUGUUUUCAAGUCUUAGAUAUGCUAAAAACUUCACUGGUUCAGUUUGUUUUCGCCACGUUGUUCUUGCUCCUUUGGGAUAUGAGACUGCACUCUUCAAGGGACUGAGUGAAGAAAUAAACUGUGGGGGAGCAUCUGCACAUGAUCUCUGGCAAAAACCUGAUGACAGAAAAACAGCGCGGUUAUCUGAGUUCGGAGAAAUGAUUAGAACGGCCUUUGGCUUCUCUGUAAAUAGACAUGGAGUUGAAAAGCCUAUUUCAGGUCAUAAUAUCCUCUUUAUUAGACGUGAAGAUUAUUUAGCCCAUCCGCGUCAUGGUGGUAGAGUUGAAUCAAGACUAAGCAAUGAACAAGAAGUGUUUGAUGCAUUGCAGAUUUGGGCAAACAAUCAUUUGGAAUGCAAAGUAAAUCUUGUGAAUGGGUUGUUUGCACACAUGCCUAUGAAGGAACAAGUACGAGUUAUUCAGGAGGCGUCAGUUAUUAUUGGCGCUCAUGGUGCAGGUCUUACUCACAUAGUAUCUGCAACACCAAAAACAGUAAUUUUAGAGAUCAUCAGUAGCCAGUUUAGGCGUCCACAUUUUCAAUUGAUUUCCCAGUGGAAAGGGUUGGAGUACCAUGCCAUUAAUCUUGCUGGAUCAUAUGCCAAUCCGGCAGUUGUCAUCGACAAGCUUAGCAGAAUAAUGGAAGGCCUUGGAUGUUGAAACUCUUUACUUUGAUUUGGAAUUGAUUCCAAGUCUUAGGGCUGGAAAGUGGAAGUGACAAGAAACCCUCUCUGCUUGCAAUAUUGACUUUGAGAGCCUGUUGGCGGAGGUCAGAUUCUAGUUGGCAUGAAUCUGUAUGGAUGCUCGGCCAUGAUGUUGAAUGGAGACAACUGUUUCUCAAUCAUUCUGUCAGCAGUCGGCUAGAGGAGGAGGAUGCCUUGAAUGUUUCUGGAAGAGCUACUCAUUAGUGCGGUCGAUUUAGCGACAUUGUAUGAUACAUUAUACAUCAGUCGCAUGGCUCAUUUUAAAUGGAGUAUUUCGCUAGUGUAGACGGAAUUCUUUGCAUUUGUGCAUAGACAUUGUACAGAAACGUACACAGUUAUCAGAAAGAAAAGACAAAUAAAUAGGUGACUAUUGAUAAGGUUGCUCCUCAUUUCUGGUUGAUUUGGUAUUCUAAUAGUUAACCAUAUUAUUUCUCC